UGCCUAUCCUAGAUGGCCAUGUGCCUCUCUGCCUCCCCCUCUGUAAAACCUUGGUGACAAUUCCUACUCAACAAGGUAUCUUCUGGCACAACCUGUUGCCCUCUUCCCACUACAGGGGCCGCCAUUCCGCCUUCAGAAUGCCGGAGGGCCCAGAGCUGCACCUCGCCAGCUGCUUUGUAAAUGAGACAUGUAAGGGGCUGGUAUUUGGCGGGUGUGUGGAGAAGUCCUCUGUCAGCCGCAACCCCGAGGUGCCCUUUGAGAGCAGUGCCUACCACAUCUCAGCUGUAGCCCGAGGCAAGGAGCUGCGCCUGACCUUGAGCCCCCUGCCUGGUGCCCAGCCCCCUCAGAAGCCGCUGUCCCUUGUCUUCCGCUUCGGUAUGUCUGGAUCCUUCCAGCUGGCACCUGCAGAUGCACUGCCGCCCCAUGCCCAUCUACGCUUUUACACGGCCCCACCUGCCCCACGGCUUGCCCUCUGUUUCGAGGACAUCCGCCGUUUUGGCCACUGGGAUCCUGAGGGUGAAUGGCAGCCAGGCCGUGGACCCUGUGUCUUGCUGGAGUAUGAACGGUUCAGGUAGGACUAUGUAUUCUAGAAUACCAUUCAGGCACCCGAGAGACAAAUCCUAGCCCCGAAUGAGCCUGUCUCCUGUCUAUGGAUUGAGAUGGUGUCAGGGCAGGCCAAAGGAAGGACAGCCAAAGGUCUGAGGACACAGAGACAGCAUUAGAGUUGGACUGGGGCCCAGCAUCCCACCUUGCUUCCCGGUAGCUCCAGGCCAUCAAGGAAGGUGGAGGGCUUUCAAAGCACCCUAAGAAACGACCUACACAGUGGGGAGAGGGUGGUCUAGUGACUGUUAGUCAGGUUUUGGUGGUCCUCACAGUCUGCCUGGGGGGCUUCCUCUGAUUGUCCCUGUUUUCAGACUUUCCUCUAAACAGGCAAUAAGAGUCUUUACUCCAAAACAGGCCCUGUAGGGUAUAGCAGUGGGCAGGGUAAAUGUGUCCCUUUGUCCAUGGCACUGAUAUGCAGUUAAGGCAUGGGGCCAGGACACCACAAAAUAAAUUCACAGACCUUUAGCCAAGUGUGGGGAGCAUGUCAGGAACGGCCACUCACGGGAAGUGAUCUUUGAACUGAGAUCUGGCUGGUGGAGGUGGAGCCAACUAUGUAAACUCCAGGAGAGUCUUGGCAGGAA